AUGUCACUUCGUCUUGCGCUGCUCGACCAAGACUCAGCAUAUGAGCAUUUGUUCGAACGAUACUCUCUCUUGCAAGCUAAUGCAAGCCAACUUCAGCAGGACUUGGGAAUCAUUUCCCGCGCUGCAGAAACUUUGGAACUUUCAUUUGAUCCAGUAGAAAGCUCUCACACCAAAGACUCGUUUUCACUCACACUUUCACAAUCCUUGACAGGUCUCAACUCAUCUGCCAAUAACAAUAAUUCAACCACAGGUUACGUUGCAUGGAGUACAACUCCAUUUUUCCUUCGAUGGUUACUCUAUUCUCAGUCAGGAAGCUGUUUCACUCAAGGCGCCAACUUGAAAAUGGAGGAUGGAUCAUAUCUACAGAUACCUCCCAUGUUCAGCACUCGUAAAGAGCAUGAUUUCUACUACAUACUUGAACUAGGCUCCGGGGUGGCAGGAAUUUUAUCAACCGUUCUGGCGAAUUAUGUAGAGAAGUUUGUGUGCACCGAUCAAAAAGCACUUCUUUCGGGCUUAAAACGUAAUAUUACUGACAAUAUCGACGAGAUAUACCUCCGGAACGUGGAAAGUACUACAUUAGGAUCUUGUACUACUAGGAAAACAACUUCCAAAGUUCUAUUCGACAUUGUAUCUCUUGAUUGGGAAACCUUUAAGCCAGAUGCCGGGAAAGUCGACUCCCUACUUUUACCAUCUCGAUCCGGAACCAUAUACAUUCUUGCCAUGGAUGUGGUUUACAAUGACUUUCUGAUAGACCCCUUUCUAAAGACUUUGCAUGGAUUGAUGUCCCUUUACUCUCGACUUGGAAACACUGUCAGGUCUAUUAUCGGCAUACAACUAAGAGACCAAGAUAUCUUGCAAGAAUUUCUGGAUCAAGCAGUUGAUAAAUACGGCUUACGAAUAUAUGCCGUGCUCGACCCUGAGAUAUACUCUUCUCGAUUUGCAUUUUAUUAUAUAUCAUUGUAG